AGUGGGGCGGGCUGAGUAGCGGAACGGCGGCGGGAUGAACGCGCCUCCGGCCUUCGAAUCCUUCCUCCUCUUCGAGGGCGAGAAAAAGAUCACCAUCAACAAGGACACCAAGGUGCCCAACGCCUGCCUGUUCACCAUCAACAAGGAGGACCACACGCUGGGGAACAUCAUCAAAUCGCAGUUACUGAAAGACCCCCAGGUGUUAUUUGCAGGGUACAAGGUCCCCCACCCCCUGGAACACAAAAUUAUCAUCCGUGUCCAAACCACCCCCGAUUACAGCCCCCAGGAGGCUUUCACCAACGCCAUCACGGAUCUCAUCAGCGAGCUCUCCCUCCUGGAGGAGAGGUUCAGGGUUGCUAUUAAAGACAAACAAGAAGGAAUCGAGUAAAGUCACCCCAUUUAGAGUGGACUGUCCUUCUGAGGCAGACUGACACCUGUGUUACUUGAAUGUUAUAUUUAAACCUCUAUUCAUGGCAAAUAUUUUCCCCAUUGUCCUACUUACGUUUCAUUUUUGACAGUAGCAGUGAUACUUUGAGCCUUUUUUGUUACACCGGACAGGGGGUUUGCCAAGAGGGUAAAUGUAAAUGUCUUGUUUGAUUUGAUGGAUAAGUUAUUAAAACGAUUUCUACUUUUCUAAUUGGA